UCAGAGAUACGGAGAUUGCUCUGCCACUUGCUGGGGUUGUGGCCGAGGUCCAGGGCUGUCUGCGGCUUGUGUAGGGACUCAGCCUUGAGUAGAUCAGGUGGACGAUGUCAUCCCAGAGUCAGUCGGGCCUCCUUCACAAGUACAAGGGCAUCCUCUUCUCUGCCAUGUCUUCGGAAGGACUCCUCGAUUCCUUGGACACUUUUGAUGCGAGAGAAGAUGACAUAUUUCUGGUUUCCUACCCAAAAUCUGGAACCCACUGGGUAGCAAAAAUCAUCGAGAACAUUCCCAAUGUUGGAAUGACCCUCACGUCUCCUAUCGAGUGGGGAGAUGUCUCUAAGUUGGAAGAGCUGGAGAUGGUCCCGAAGAGAAGAGUCAUCCCGACACAUCUGAGCUACGAGAUGAUACCUGGAACUGUUAAACAGAAGCAGUGCAAGAUUGUGUACAUCAUCAGGAAUCCGAAGGAUACAGCCGUGUCCCUGUUCCACUACUACAAAGACAACCCCAACCUUCCAUCCCCUGAAACUUGGGCUGCGUUUUUAGAGCUUUUCCUCAAAGGAGACGUUGUGUAUGGCUCCUGGUUUGAUCACGUGUUGAGCUGGGAGAAACACAAGAAUGAUAAAAACGUCCUCUUCCUAUUCUAUGAAGAAAUGAAGAAAGAUUUUGUUAAGAGUCUAAAUAAAAUAACUGCUUUCCUUGACAUCGAUGUAAAUGACAGCGAUAUUAGUAAGAUUGCCCGGAACACCUCAUUCAGCGAGAUGAAGAAUAACGCAGUGAAAGAAAACUGUGACCCCAAUCACACCAUCUGCGCCCUCACGUCCGACAGGAACCUGGUGUUCAGGAAAGGAGUGGUGGGUGAUUGGAUAAACUACUUCACUCCGAAGCAGAGGAGUGUCUUUGACGAACUGUUCACAGAGAAGAUGAAACACAGCGAUGUGGGCAGAUGCCUGAAGGAGUAUACGAAUUCAGAUGAGAAAUGAAGCCGAUUUCCAAGCUCUGUAAUGCAACACCUAGAAAACAUGUAAAUAUUCGACAGCUGUGAAAAGCAGGUCUUUCUUUCCAUGAGAAACACAUACUUCAAGAACGUGUCAAAAGUGCCACUCAUGAGAUACUAUUAUCAUCGUGUUUGGUGACUGUAGAGAAUUAUUAAUAAAAGGAGCCAUAAAAUUCUCCAAUAGCUGAACUCUGUAGCCAUUUCUAGUGUGUUCAGUAAGGCCUGGGGUAGUUCCUGCUCAGAAGGGGGCUGUUAUUGUAAAUUCACCAUGAGCUUUGCUGAUGUGGAAAAGGAGUGAAGGAUUGAGUCAUAUCACAAUAAAAACAGACACCAUGCUGCCAAGCUUGAAAUACCUAAUAGUAGAUCCUAUGGCACACUGGUGGACAUGAAGAAUGAAUAGAUAGCCCCUUCAGAUGAUCAUGGCUGGGCAUGCCUGGAUUUUCUUAAUGCCAUAUCAAUUAAAUUAUAAAUUUUUCUAAUUUUUUUAAUUUAGAGACUGAACUUUCCUUUGAAAAUGUCCAUGCUUAUGAUUAUAGUCUUUAUGCUCUCUUUCAAUCCAUGCCCAACACUAAUCCAGUCUCUGCAGCUUUCUGUAAGGUGUAUUACUCCGUGCCUUUCACUAGAGGGCACCAUAAGGAAGGCUCGGUGAACUUAAGUGUUUUCCCACAGGUCUCAGCACAAUUUACUUCUGUUGUGAACUCCUACCAAAGGCUUGCUGGGAAAUCAAAACUGUACUAUCUAUAGCUCUUAAUACUGAACUCACAGCAGGAGGUGGGUUUGCUGAGUUCAACUGAACUUUUUGAUUUUUAUGCCCUAGUGUAUUAUGAGUCUAUGUAAACAUUCAGGGACAAAUCUGUUGGGGCAAUUUGUGUGGCAUUGAUAAUUCAGCAAGAAGUUCAAUUUGCAUAAAUCUUCUGUAUGCAUGCAUUUGUUACAAAUAAAGAGCAUUGCUUUUGA